AUGGAUAGCUCCACAAAGUCUGGUCUUCAUGACCGUGACUCGCUGGAUGUACUCGCCCCUCCUCCGUACUCGCCAUAUGCCGACGGUGGGCUGGCGACGGAAUCGGCAGAUGUACAGGCCAACGGCCGGAUCGACGUGGAUCUCGAUUCUGGAAUUGCGAGAACACUCGCUAGAAUCAUCGAUCUGCAACAGGAGGAUCAGCAGAAUCCGCCACCGGAAUACUGGCAGGAACCAGCAAAGGUGGAGUUUGAUAUUCAACUCAACAUUGUCAUCCAGAUAGUCGGCAGUCGUGGAGAUGUGCAGCCAUUCAUAGCGCUGGGAAAUGAGCUCCAGAAAUACGGCCAUCGGAUCCGCAUCGCCACCCACGAUGUUUUUGCUGACUUCGUCAUGGAGUCUGGACUGGAGUUCUAUCCUAUCGGUGGAGACCCAAAAGAGCUAAUGGCCUUCAUGGUCAAGAACCCAGGUCUAAUCCCACAGAUGAAAUCACUACGCGCAGGGGAAGUGCAGAAGAAAAGAGCCAUGAUGGCGGAGAUCCUCAAUGGCUGCUGGAAAUCAUGCAUUGAAGAUGAUCCGAUCACCAAGGCACCGUUUGUGGCAGAUGCAAUCAUCGCCAACCCGCCUUCUUUCGCCCAUAUCCACUGCGCACAGGCGUUGAGCGUCCCUGUUCAUCUCAUGUUUACGAUGCCAUGGACGAGUACCAGGGCCUUUCCACAUCCUCUUGCUAAUCUCCGACCCUCCAAUAUGAACCGGCCGCUUGCAAACUUGGUUUCGUAUGGAGUGGUAGAGUGGUUAACAUGGCAGGGUCUAGGAGAUGUGAUCAAUAAAUGGCGAUCAUCGAUCGACCUGGAGCCAAUCUCGGCGAUUGAAGGCGCCACUCUGGCUGAGACAUUGAAAGUCCCUUUUACAUAUUGUUGGUCGCCUGCUCUCGUCCCGAAGCCUGAGGACUGGCCGGGUCAUGUUGAUGUCUGUGGAUUCUUCUUUCGAGAGGCACCAUCAUAUACACCCCCUGUGGAACUACAGAGGUUCCUCGAUUCAGGCCCACCCCCUGUUUACAUCGGCUUCGGUAGUAUCGUCAUUGAGGAUCCCCAGGCAUUAACGAAUACUAUCCUCCACGCCGUGUCACAGACAGGUGUGCGUGCUAUUAUAUCACGAGGAUGGAGUAAGCUGGGGGGAUCUCAAAAUGAUAACAUCUACUACAUCGAUGAUUGUCCACACGAAUGGCUCUUCCAGCACGUCGCAGCAGUCGUUCAUCACGGCGGCGCUGGAACAACGGCAUGCGGUCUUUUGAAUGGACGACCAACUACAAUCGUGCCAUUCUUUGGAGACCAACCUUUCUGGGGCGAUAUGGUGGCAAGAGCUGGUGCCGGCGCCAGACCUAUUCCAUACGCCUCUCUAAACGCUACCAAUCUAGCCGAUGCCAUUGGAUUGGGCCUGACACCAGAAGCACAGAAAGCGGCAUAUGGCAUUUCACUGAAAAUGAAGAGCGAGUCUGGCAUGCGGACCGCUGUUCAAUCCUUCCAUCGCAAUCUGCCCUUAGACAGAAUGCGUUGUAGCUUAUUACCAAACCAAGCCGCUGUGUGGAAGUAUACAAAGACGAAGAACAAUCUGAGGCUAUCCAAAGCGGCUGUUCAAAUUCUCAUCAAUCAUGACAAGGUUGAUGCAAAGCAUCUUCGACCCCACGACAUUAAACGAAUCGUCAUAGAAAACCGCCGUUGGGAUCCAGUAACUGGCAUCCUAUCUGCAGCCACAAACACUGGAACUGACAUGUUGAAAUCAACCACCGACAUGUUCUACAAACCGUACAAAGAAUACAAUCGUGGACGUUCACCGAGGAUAACUGGGAGUAGUUCAGAUCGGAGCAUGUCGCUCCCUGUGCGUCCAGCAACAGCCGAUCCUACUGCACUUCCCCAUGCGAACACAGAUCCUGCGAAUGCAGAUCCAGUUGGCAUAGUAGACAGCGAACGGAGAAAUGGAUGGCUCACUGCAGGGUCUAUGAUGGGUGCUUCAUUGAAAGGGUUGGGGAAGUUUACAGGAACAUAUUUCAGGGGAGUGGUUGUCGAUAUUCCCCAUGCUGCAGCAGAGGGCUUCCGACAGGUUCCACGAUUAUACGGCGACCAGCCAAAGGAGUAUGAACCAGUUCGUAAUUGGAAAACUGGUGCUACCGUUGGAGGGAAGAAUUUCGUGGAUGGAAUGACGGAUGGGUUUAGAGGAUUAUUCACCCAACCUAUUGAGGGAGCCAGAGAUGAGGGAGCUUUAGGGGCAGUCAAGGGAUUUGCCAAGGGAACGAUAGGACUCGCCACCAAGGUGCCGUCAGCGGGACUCGGCCUCGUAGCAUAUCCUUUCCAUGGCAUUGCUAAAAGCAUCGAAUCAGCAGUCCGGUCCAAGACGAGAAAGAUCAUUGUGAAUGCUCGUCUCCGAGAUGGAUACAAUCUGACGAGAAUGCAAGUGACGGAAGAGGAGCAGCAGUAUAUCCUGCAAAGAUUUAAUACUCUUAUAUAA